GGGGGGAAAAGAGGCAGCGGCAUAGUGGAGAGAAAAUCCAGUGAACGAACAGCGGGACCUCAGCGUAGACUGGCGGAACGGAUGAGCCAGACACGGCGCGUGCAUGCCAGUAGUCUCCGGAGCAACUAGGAGGUCGGAGGGACUGGAAAAGUCUUAUUGAGCUCGUUUUCCGUGGGCGUCUCCAGACAUGCAGACAACAGGAAGAACCCCCUCCCCACCUUCCCAUGAUUCCAUGAGCUCCAGCGACAGCUUCCUGUUCAGCGACAGUGACCCCGUGGAGGACGACACUGACGUCUUCCUGUCGGAGGGCAACGCUGGCCGUGCCGACACCCGCUCGCCCUCCUCUUCCCACUCCAGUCUCCAUGGCGACACUCUGUCCAGCCCCAGCUUGCGGUGGGCCAGUGACGGCCCCGGCCAAUGUGAGCGGUCAGCCCUGGUCACCGGGUUGCGGCCGACGCCACUGUCCUCGUCCGUGUCAUCGUCCAGCACAUCGGGGGUGUGGAGUGCCUCAGAAAGCGAAGGGGGCAGUGAGAAGAACAGCCAGUCCCACGGAGACCAGCUCUUCGCCCAGAAGUGUUUGGAGCUGCAGUGUUUUGUCAGGCCUUUACUGGAGCUGCUGCAUGGUCUGAAGAAUGGACGGUUUGAUAAGGGUCUGAGCAGUUUCCAGCAGAGCGUUGCAAUGGAUCGCAUCCAGAGGAUUGUGGGAGUGCUGCAGAAGCCAAACAGCGGGGAGAAGUAUCUGAACACGCUGCUGCAGGUGGAGAUGAUGCUGAAGCUGUGGUUUCCUCAGAUCUCCGCUCUGGCCUCCCCUGCUGCCCAGGCCACUGCUGCCUCUCAGACCACCGCUACCCACUCAGCCCCCAGCACCGCAAACAGCAGCAGCACACCGCCGCACAAGCACAAGGACCAGCUACACAUGCCCGUCAAGAAGCGUCGCCUCAGCUGGUCAGACACAGACUCUUCGUCCACGCCUUCCCCCAUCCUUUGCAAGCGCUUCCAGCUCGCAGGUGACCCAGGGCCGAGCCCGGAGAGGGAGAGCAGCUCCUCAGCCCUGAACCAUCAGCGCCACGCGGAGCAACACUGCAGUGACUCCGCCGACGAGCUGUCCUCCCCCCCGGCACCACGCUGGUCAGAGCCCAGCCUCACCUGGGUCCAUGUGGCCCCCAUCCCCUCACCCCGCAAGUCCUGCUCUGGGGUGGCAGGGCCAGGGGCAGGGGCAGGGCCAGGGCCAGGGCCAGGGGCAGGGGCAGGAGCGAAGGGCAGCUCUGCGGUGAUGGUGGCGCCCCCUCAGUCCAGUCGGGGGAGCCCAGCCAUGCAGGACAGCUCCAUCUCUUCCACCACCCCCCUCUUGCAGCCUUCCAGCCCGCUACUGCAGCCCAGUGUGGAAGCGGCAGACCCGCCCGGCAACACCCCCCCCGGACCCCACAUAUGACUCGCCCCUGCAGGGGAAGGGCUAGGCCACUGCUCCACCAAUCACAACGAGGCCUUUGAGCAGGGUGGAGUCAGGGGCGCUGCCCGACCCUGUGCAGAGCUAGUGCCCCAAAGCACAAGCCCUUGCAGCCGGACUGAAGCACCCUGCACUAAUGCUGGAGAGGGAUGGAGGGAGAGAGAGAUGGAGGGAGAGAGAGAUGGAGGGAUGGAGGAGAUGGAGGAGGAAGAGUGGAAAAACUUUUUUAAUAUUAUUAUUUGUUUUGUAUUUUCUACAGCUUUGGUGCAGCUACAGAAGAACCAUUGGACACAAAUAAUGUUUUGUCUGAAAUCUAAAGGCUCUGCUUAGUUUUGACUCUCAAAACGUACAAUUAGACGCAGAUUUUGACAGUUACAAACACCACAAUUUCAACCUAAACACAGAGAUGCCGUUAAAUAUCGUUUAGCAAAAAGAUAAGGGCGUGUGAUAAAGUUUUGAAGUGGUGGUCUAUGGGAUUUUGAGUUAUUUUCUCACCAUUACGAAGACAUGCAGUGAUGGAGAGAUUGCAUUAGCUAUAGGUAAAAAAGGAGGGUGAAGGAGAAUGACACUGAUAUCAAAAAUGUGAUGUUCACAGAGUCACACACCUGUUCCCUCAGUGUCUCAGCUGUUUCUGUGGCUGACUGGGGACAAAGGCUUACUU